CACCACUGGGUCGCCUGGCUCGCCCGACGCUGUCUGGAGGGGGGCGGCUUGGGCUACUCUCCAGCCCCGUUCGGAGCAGGGAGGAUGUAAUAACAUGCCACAGGCAAUCAAUCAGAACAAGCUGCCCCCUUCCUCCUCCUCUUUCUCCCCCCACCUCCGCAAGGAGCCUCCUCCCCUCCGCUCCCCGGCCCCACCAGCCUCUAUAGAUGGGAGGGAGGGAGUAACGACCCAAGCAGACCGCCGCGCAAAUCCGUAGCGAUCGCAGCUGUAGCGCCAGCAGCCCGGCUCUUGGACCAGCGGCUGCCAUGGACUGCAAAGUCGCCCUCCUCGUCGUCCUGCUGCUUUUCGGGACCCUUCGUGCCGCCGAAGGGAAGCCCAUCAGCUUGACUUACCGCUGUCCUUGCAGAUACGUUGAGAGCAAUGUAGCCAAAUCACACAUUAAGCACCUCAAGAUCCUGACUGUCCCCGGCUGUUCUCUCCAGAUUAUUGCAAGGCUGAAAAAUAGCAGCAAACAGAUCUGCAUUGAUCCCAAGUUAAAGUGGAUUCAUGAGUAUCUGGAGAAAUAUCUACACAAGAGAUUCAAGAUGUAAGAGGCGAGCGUUGUAGCCAUCCACACGAUGCUUCACUGUAGAAGCCAGAGAGCAGAUAUCCCACUAUUAGGGAAUGAUGAGUGCAUCUCUUUUCUCACACAGCACAAAGCGACGCUUCAUGCACUUCUAACGUCUCUUAUUUGCACAGAAUGCCUUGUCUUUGCCAAUACUAGAUGAUGUAGCAGGAACUUCUGAUACAGCCUGGUUUUUUACAUAGCACUGAUGCCGGUAGCAGACAGAAAUGUUGCUUCAUAUGAUUAUUCCCUUCUGCUGUGCAGAAUCCUGGCACUUAUGUACCAGGUUUUUCCAUGCAGACUAACAUUCUGCUGCGAUUCAUUCACAUGGAAAGGAAUAGUGUGUGUGUGUCUCAUUGAUGUCUGUAAAGAAGACUUUUCUUGACAGACCUGUGGUGAAAGACAAGACAUGCUGUGGCCAUCUUAGUUUGCACAGACUGGUGUAUUGCAUGCAUGUGCAGGCAAACAAUUGCUAUUCAUGAGAGAGGACAUGUGGGCUCAAUUAACUAGGGCCUAAAAGGGUUCAUUCUAGAGAGUGACAGGCACAGCCAGAAUUCUUGUGCUUGUGUCCCUUACCUUGGAAUUUCUUCAUUUAGAAAAAAACAGAACCAGCUCAUGUAGGACUUUUGGUUGCUUUCCUGGCAGGGGAAAAUGGUCUGCUUUAGUGAGCACUGUAAUGUGUGAGCUGCAAGCUCAUUUCAGAUGUGUCACUUUGGAGCACAUGUAAUUGCAGAAAUUGCUGCAGUUCAAAUUCAGUGGGCUUUUGGCUCACACAUGCUCAAAAUAGUGGGCCACUCCCUCCUAUGAGUUAAAAUGGUAAAAAAAAUCUCUCAAUGAGCCCACAAAGGAUGUAAUUUUUAGAAGCAAAAUGUAAUAAAUAUUAGAGAAUGUACAAGGUGGUGUUAUGUUUGCUAUGAGUAGAUGUCUUUUCAAGGGUAUUUAUGCUCUGUCUUGUAUACAGCUUAGAAACUGCUUGGUGUGUGUGUGCUGAUGAACAUUCAGUUAGGUGUUGGAAACUGUACUUGUGAUGAUACCAUCUGAAUAAUUCACGAGGAGCACAGAUUGCCAGUACACCUGUAUUUAGCCAAAUGUGAAAUCCUUGGGCAUGUCUAUUGCUGAACUCAGUUCAACAUGAUCUGCAGUCUCUGCUUUUAGUGAAUUGCUCCAAAGUCUCAUUCACAAUGAGCAAAAUUUGCACCACAAACGUAACUGAAUUUUAGAUAUGUAAAACUGUCUGUGGAUUGGUCUUGUGUCUCCCUUUCUUGUUGAAUGUGUAAUGUGAAUUAGUAGCUCCAGUUUGUCCUGGAAUUGGCAACCCCAUUCAUCUGUCACAUGGAGUGAAGUAACAAGUGCAUCCAUGUGAAAGAUGUCGCUUGUAAACUGGGGCAUAGAUGCUAGACGUUUGUCUGCACGUUGGAAUCUGUACUGAUGAGGGAUUUGGCUGAUAUUUACAUACCGACAAAGGGAGAGAGAAGCACAAACGUUUCCAGCUAAUCCCCUGAAAAGGUACAAGACUCCUCAUAUAUCUGGCUGUAACUUUUCUCCCAACUGUUAGUUUAAAAAAUCUUGCUUAGCGCAUGCACAAAGUUUAAUUGAUCUGAACAUAAGGCCUAUUUUAGCAGGUAGGAAAACUGUAUUAUGUGAAAUCCCUCAUUUGACACUUAAGUUUAUCUGUCAGAACAGAACACAGUUGUUCACUUGACUCUGAAAUGGCCCUCCAUGGGUCAAAGUAGUAUGUGAAUGGGCUCCCAUUUCAAUGGCCUAUUGAGGCCGCAGCUCUCUGGGCAUGCUCGCAUGCCUUUGCUAAGAGAGAGAGCAGAGGAGUGAAUUAUAAGCUCCCAUCCCAAAGUUAAUUAUGGGUAAAAAUAAAACUCAGAGGGAAGAGAAAGAAAACAAACAAAAACAUCACACUGGCAACUGGAAAGUAGCACUGAAAUAAUCUCUCAAAAAUGUGACCAAAAUUCCACAAGAGAAUAUUUUUAGCCAGAAGUUUAACAAACAGCAACAAUGCAUGGUAGUAAUGGAACUGCAAAAGGACAAAUUCUGUUUCUGGAAAAUUUGCAUGUGUAAUAGCUUCAAGUCUGAAGGAUAAAAAAUGAAUGAAUGUUCAGUGAGUCAUUUAAUACUGAGAAAUUGAGAGUUAAGUCUAGCUAGAGGCUAUGCCAGUUAUUCACUGCACUGGUUUGUCUUUCUUGCUGUUACUGAUAUUGCUUUUAUUAGGGGGGAAGAACUGAUUCAAAAGACAUCUCAGAAUCAGCAGGAAUGGUCUCAAGGGUCUUCUAGAUACUCUAAGUUGAUACAUUUGGGAGCAGAAAAAUGAGGAAGGAUUCAUACUUUGGCUAUAGGAAUCCAUCUUUGGCUAAUGGUAUUUAUCAAAAUCAGUAUUUCUGUUCCUCAGUAAAACUGGGAAAUAACAUCUCACAGAAAAUUGCUGUAGACAUAAAGUAAACUAAGAGGCUAGCUUCCCGUAGAUUCUCUAGCAUUAAGAGUAUGAUGAGAACCCUGAAAUACUGGACUGAAACUAAAUAUUCUUUCUUUUUACUCCAAUUAAUGCCCCCAAGGUGUUUUUCCCCUACACAGUUCCCCCCUUUAUUGAACCCCAUGGUGGUGGAACGCCUGGUAAGGGCAUUUGGAGCUAAGAAUCAGUAAGCCAGGAAAGGUAAAGCACCUGCUACUUCUCAACUCCAAAUCACCUCCAAAGCUGCUUUACUAAAGCCCUACAUUCAAUGACUAGGCAGGGUGUGUGCGAGUGCAGUGUAAUACAGUAGUGAUCUGAAAGUCUGACGAGAGAUUAAAAUCCAAACAAAGGCUGCAUUGGGGUGUAUUAUGCAUGUCAGCAUAUAAUGUGUAGUCCCGAGUGCAUGGAACCAUUGCAAUCUGCAGAACUAUGGCAGGCAAGUUGAUGUGGAAAGGGUCCCUAAAGGUACAAAGUGUGCAAACCAUUGAAUUAAAGCAACCCUCUAGCUUACGGCUGGGGAACUUGUUUCUUAUGAAGGAUCAUUGACCCUUGGGAAAAAUCAAUUAUGGUUGGAGCCAGAACUCAAGGAGAGGAGAAUCUGCAGGACUGCAUAGCCCUGUCUUUCUCUCUCUCUGCCACCCCCCAUCAUUUCUCUACUUCUUGUGUGCGGUUGCAGAAUGGAAGAGGAACUGUUUUCCAGGGAGUGUUCUGGAGAGCAAGAAUGAGCCCACAGCAGCUGGAGAGGAUGCUGCUGCUGCAUGAAAUUAAGUGGCUUUCAGGCUGUAGGCUCCCCACUUCAGAUCUAGUUAGCUUGUGCCUUUGGUGACAUGUAGGAUACUCCCAAGGAGAACAUAAAUCCCAGCUAAUGUAAGGACAGCAGAACAAUGCAAUCCCCCUGACCAGCGGUAUCUUUUUAGGGACAAUCCAUAUGGCUCAAAUGGUCAUAGAGUGACCACUUCAUAUCAAACAUAUGGUGGCUGUUCCAUCAUGUAGAUUAGAUUCUGAUUGGUACCACACCUCUUAUAUGGUGAAACUCAGGGUGUGUACAUAGUGCAUGUCUCCUCAUGACUCUCUAGAGCAGUUGCAAUGUGACUGGAUUGAAAGCAGCUUCUGUGCAGCAGCUUGAUAGUAUGAAUUGGUCUUCAGGGUGAUUAGAACGCCAUUCAUACUAACUUUCUCUGUGUGAUAUUGCAUACAUGCUCAUAAAUCUUCCCAAAUAAUGUGAAAAAGACUUCAUGUUUUGAAAGGCAGCUUUUAACAGUAUAUCAUGCUGAGCUUUAAAAAGAACUGAGAACUGCCAUAUGUUUUUGCAAAUUAUGUAAGCACUUAUA